CCAAGGCUGGUGAGAAUCGAUGUUUGCCACUUGUGUGGAAUCGCGUCUUGGAAGAAUCGGAUGACGAAUGGAUUAUCCAAUGCUCACUCAAGCCGAGCUUACAAAGACGCUUCACCCGACCGAUACCGGUUGAAAGCCCGAAGUGGGACCAUAUAAGCUCCGGCACCAGCUCUUUGCGGGCCGUACCUCUACCAUGCCCUGUUAUAACGCAAACCACCCCCAUCUCGAGUUUUCCCCGUUACUGUGAAGCAGUCGCAACAUUCUUCUCAGAGGCCAAAUCAGUAGUGAUUCCUUCCCACUUGAAAAGAAACUCUUUCGUCAGCGUCAUGGUCAACAUUACCUAUCCAUCGCCAUUGGCGGGGUAUGAGAACUCACCCCCCCUUCCGGAAGAAAAGGCCGAGGAUGGGAAGAGCUACAAGAACCCGCAGACUGGUGUUUUGAGCAGCGCCUACGAGAAAUUCCCAGAGCCCCUAGAUAAUGGGAGGAGAGGCGGGUUCGACGUGCACGUCUACUACCUGCAGAGCAACGAGAGCCAGACAAAGUACGCCCAAGAGCUAUGGGAGCGGAUCAGGAGGGAGUUCCCCGAGCUGCGCAUCUACCGCGUAUGGGACCGGCCGAUCGGCCCCCACCCGGUUGCCAUGUUCGAGGUGAACGUCCACACGCCGGCGCAGUUCGGGGCCUUCAUCCCGUGGCUGGCCGUCUGGAGGGGGCCCCUGUCGGCCCUCAUACAUCCAAACACCACGGAAGAGGGGAGCCACGGGGAGAUUGAGGAGCGGAACCAUACGGAGCGCGCGACCUGGAUGGGCGAGAGAUUCCCGCUUGACACUUCGCUGUUCAAGAACCUCAAGUAGAGUCCUGAUCAUGUAUUUGAUUCCCGAGUUUAUUGGCUGUUUCUAGGGCGAAUCUAUGGUUUAAUAAUAUCAAGGCCGUUCCCGA